AUGGGAGUUUUAUCGUUGAUAUCAGGAUGGCCAGGGCGGAGUGGAUUCGGAUCUGCCUCCACCGCUGAACAAGUUUCUGCUUCCAUUGAUGCCUCCGAUCUCACUGUUGUCAUUACAGGAGGGGCAAGUGGGAUUGGGUUAGAGACGACAAGAGUAUUAGCAAUGAGGGGAGCUCAUGUGAUUAUAGCUGCAAGGAACAUGAAAGCUGCAAAUGAAGCUAAACAACUUCUUGUUAAACACAAUGAGAAAGCUAAGAUUGAUGUUCUUGAGCUUGAUCUUUCAUCUCUCAAGUCAAUUAAGACCUUUUCUCAUAGCUUCAAAGCUCUUAAUCUCCCUCUCAACAUCUUAAUAAACAAUGCUGGUAUCAUGUUUUGCCCGUAUCAACUCUCGCAAGAUGGGAUAGAGAUGCAAUUUGCGACUAAUCAUCUAGGUCACUUUUACUUGACAAACCUACUACUAGACAAGAUGAAGGAAACUGCUGCAGCUACCGGAAUCGAGGGUAGAAUUGUAAACUUGUCAUCGGUAGCUCAUGUCUAUACUUACGAAAAAGGGAUCAGAUUUGAUAAAAUCAAUGAUAAAGAUAGCUAUUCAGACAAAAGGGCAUACGGCCAGUCCAAGUUAGCUAACAUAUUGCACGCGAAUGAUCUCUCUCGACGCUUGAAGGAAGAGGGGGCAAAUAUUACAGUAAACUCGGUACACCCAGGGAUAAUAAUGACAGACCUCAUGAGGCAUUCCUUUUGGCAAAUGAGAAUCUUGAAGCUGUUCACUUAUCUCUUUUGGAAAAAUGUCCCACAGGGUGCAGCAACAAGUUGCUAUGUAGCAGUCCACCCAGGGUUAAAAGGGGUGAGCGGAAAGUACUUUCUGGACUGCAAUGAAUGGCCAGCAAGCAAAUUUGCAACUGAUCCUGAGUUGGCAAAGAACCUCUGGGACUACAGCAACAAUCUGGUCAACUCUCUUCAGCGUUGACUUCUUCACCAUCCUUUUUCUUCUAAUGCAACUUUAAUCUUAUACGUUUUAUACUUAGCUUAAUCUUAUCACAUUUAAUAUUCUAGUGGUUGGAGAAAUUCAUGCGGGUUUGUAUUAAAAGAAGUAAACAAAUUAUGAAAAAG